AAAAAACAAUUUUCCCUAAAAUUUAAUGAACCAUGUUCAUAUUCUGCAAGCCAGCUAAGAAGAAGAAGACGAUGAUCAUUGAUUAGGUAAUGGAAGAAUCGAAACCGCCGAUGAGUUCUCCCGGAGGAGACGAGUGCUUGAGUUGGGCUGCACGAGAUCCAUCUGGUCUCCUCUCCCCUCACACGUUCACUCGCAGAUCUGUAACAAGCGAUGACGUUUCACUAAAAAUCACACACUGUGGUGUCUGUUACGCUGACGUCAUCUGGACAAAAAACAAACAUGGAGACUCUAAGUACCCUUUGGUUCCUGGGCAUGAGAUUGCUGGAGUAGUGAACAAGGUUGGAUCUAAUGUCACACGGUUCAAAGUCGGAGACCACGUUGGUGUCGGAACGUUUGUUAACUCCUGCAGGGAGUGUGAUUACUGCGACGAAGGACAAGAGGUUAGCUGUGUGAAAGGGCAAGUCUUCACUUUCAACGGCGUUGAUUACGAUGGCUCUGUUACCAAAGGAGGCUACUCUAGCCACAUCGUUGUUCACGAGAGGUAUUGUUAUAAGAUACCUGUGGACUAUCCCUUGGAAUCAGCUGCGCCGUUGCUAUGCGCUGGCGUCACUGUCUAUGCUCCCAUGAUGCGUCACAAUAUGAACCAGCCUGGUAAAACUCUUGGGGUGGUGGGGCUUGGUGGGCUUGGCCACAUGGCGGUUAAGUUCGGCAAGGCUUUUGGACUUCAUGUGACGGUUUUCAGCACCAGCGUCUCCAAGAAAGAGGAGGCUUUGAAUCUGCUUGGAGCUAACAACUUCGUUAUCUCCUCUGACCAUGACCAGAUGAAGGCACUAGCGAAGUCUCUAGACUUUAUCAUUGACACAGCGUCUGGUGAUCACGCGUUUGAUCCUUACAUGUCGCUGUUGAAGAUCGCUGGGACUUAUGUCCUGGUUGGUUUCCCAAGUGAGAUUAAAAUCCAGCCUGCCACUCUCAACCUUGGUAUGAGAGUGCUUGCGGGAAGUGUGAGUGGAGGUACCAAGGUGACUCAGGAGAUGAUAGAUUUUUGUGCAGCUCAUAAGAUUUAUCCCAACAUUGAGGUGGUUCCCAUUCAGAAGGCAAACGAAGCUAUUGAAAGGGUGGUGAAGAAGGACAUCAAGUACCGGUUUGUGAUUGAUAUCGAGAACUCUCUGAAAUAGAAACAUAUAAAGCAUCCUUGGUCUCGUUUAGAGGCUUUCUGAACGUUUGUAAACCUGAUUUCCACAAAGCACAAGAGGCAUAAUGGCGACUGAAGUGAUUUUCUGUAAUAAAAGAACACUCUCACUGCUACAGUUAUUAUUGUUCUUUGCGUUUGUUAAUAAACUGAAUAAGUGGAGAUUAUUGAGAGAAUGUAUUGUUCACAUUAAGCUGAUGUUAUUGGUUCUUGUAUUUAGAAUGUGUCAUUGGUUUUAUUAUUUUGAAAUCUAAUAUUUAAAUCAA